AUGACCAAGGCGGAUUUUGAGCACCAGUACCAUCAUCACUUUAUGACACCAAAUCGUUAUUGUCGCUAUGGCGAUAUCGAGCUGUACGCGCCGUCAGAAGAGGGCGCGGCUGCCAUCCUUAAGGCUGUUGCCGAGCCCUUGGUUCGCUGUCAAAGCUGGCUGCGGCUGGGAAACGGGCUGAACCAUAUCCUUCUUUAUGAACUACUCAAGGUGUUCUCUGCCCUCGGAGGUGACCGCGAAUUGGUUUUGGCUGGGUCUGAAGAACUCGAUGCUUUAGCACAACUGACGGCUAGCCAAAGACCCGUCCACGUGUCUUCAUCCAUGAAAUCACGCGGGCAUCAGUCCGUGGCGAAAGGCGUGUCGGUAUCCGCGCCGGGAAGUUCGACGUCUCACGGCACCUUAGAUUCCGGGAGCAGCAACAGAAACGGCAACGGUAGUGCAUUCUACCCCUCGAACGGCGACGGCUUAGACCAUUCUAAUGACAAUUCCUUCGCAAACGGCUACACUGCCAGCAGCACCUCCCCGGGCUUCCUCCUCCUGCGCACCUCGCCCCGUCGUGACCACAAUCCUGCGCUAGAGGAUACGACGACUGCCGGCCUCCGUGCUGCCCUCAACUCCGGAGCCGCCAGCCCGCUGCUGCUGGUGGAAGUUACGAAUGACGGUUAUUACGGCGUUAGCAGUGACGGCGAGGGGAGGGGGGACCCAGGUAGCAUCCGACCCAACUGUCAAACCGUCUCCGGUCGGGAGGGCGGUGGCGGUGGCGAUGACGGGGCCACGGCGCCGACUGCCAAGUACCGCCUCUGGGCGCGUAUGAUGGAAGCGGCGUUGCACUCAGGGGUCACUGUACCUGCCGGGGCAGCUACUGCCGCCACUGCCGGGAGGUACGGCAGCCGUCACGGGAGUCGACCUGGGGUUGCGAGGCAGGAGAGCGGUAAUCAUAAUGGCAACGAGCAGGCGCGGCCGAUAGUUGUUUGGGGGUUGCUGACGGAUCUAAAGCGCUGGAGGUUUUACUGCCUCCGGGAGGCUCCGAGACUCCCUGACGGGUCGUACGGCAGCAGCGGUGGCGGCGGCGGCGGCGGCGGAUCGGGCAAGUAUGAGAUUCUCGGGUCACGACGGGUACGAGUUUUGGAUGAGUCCAUGAGCGCUUGGCCGGGUUUGGUUCCCGCGCUGGCAGCUCUGUACGCUAUCACUUGUACGUCAGACGGGCUGGCUGUACGGCGCGUCGGUGACGUAUCCCAAGCACUGACGUACGACAUGCCACACGAUCCGCAUCGCGAUCGACUUAUGCACUUCCACUUGAUCAUGGGGGCAGCCAAGGCACCGUUGUACGGCGCGGUUGGGGACUGGGUACGGCGAAGACUGGACGAAUAUGUGCAGUGCCAGCGGGAGCAAAAGCGGUUGCGUCACGCGGCGGAGGCGACGGUGCAGAAGGCUGCCGAAGCGGUGGCGGCCGCCCGGGGCGCGGCGGCAGCUGCGGUGGCUGACGGCGCGUCGGAGGCACCCACAUCUACAUUCACAUCUACAUCGGCGUCGUUAGCAGACGGGCCGGCUCCCGCUGCUGGCGAUGUUUUGCCCGCCACCGCAGCGGUGAUGCCGGCCGCCGCCGCAGGGGGCCCAGAAGCCGGAGGGGGGGAGAAGGUGCUGCAUAUUAGGUCAGCUGAUGCGGGGUCGCUGCCGGCAGCUGCACCACCGGCUCACGGAGCUCAGGGCUCAGCGCCUUCCGACAUUCCGCCCGCGAUGAUGUCGGUCUGUGUCACGACCCGACCCGGGGUGUUGACGUGCUGUAUAGGGCCCACAAGGACACAAGGGUACUGUGAACUGUUUAGAAAAGGUUUUCGCGAUGCGCCGACUCGGCCUUACUUAGGGUUUACAAAGGCCGAUGUUUAUAAAGUGUGGCGCCUUGUGCGCAUUCUCUUGCUUUCUAGCGCAGAUUACGUCUUUCUUGGGGGGGGGAUGUGCGGUGCGGUCCUCCUUCAUUGUAGCCCCAAAGGAGGCUCAUUUAGCCGCGCGCGUGAAUUCUAG